GAAAAAAAUAUCGGAAAAGCGCGGAACAAAAGCUUCUCCCCCUUGUCGCCCGCAAUGGCGUCUCCCACUAGCGGUCGUCGUCUCCUCCUCACUCACUCCCCUCCCCCCUAGUCCCCAGUCCCCCCACCUGCGCGGCCGGAGAUGGCGUCCACCCCCCCGCCGCCGCCGGUGAUAGGCAAGGCGGGGAAUCUGACGGUGUUCAUCACGCCGCCGUCGCCGUCGCCGGCGGAGGCCCGGGCCUCGGGGUCCCCGGACUCCCCACGCUCGGAGUUCUCCACCCCCAGCGGAUCCCCCCGCGGCGGCGAGGCGGAGGCGGUGGCGCCUCCGCCGGUCAAGGCCCCGCGGCUGGCGACCCCGCCGCCGGUGAAGACGGAGUCCCCGCCGCUGCCCGCCGCGAGGCUCUCGUCCUCCUCCCCUAGGCCUCCGCCGCCGGUGCAGGUGCCGCUGCCUUCCGCGAGGCUCUCCGCGACUAAGCCCCCUCCGACGCCCCCGCCGCCGGUGCAGGUGCCGCCGCCGCAGUUCGAGAAGGCCGGGCCGAGGCCGGAUGGAUCGAUGCUCGCUUUGUUCUGGGACACGGUCGCGCGCGUGCAGGAAGCGCACGCGAGCCUCGACGAGUACAUCUCCAACUGGUUCGGCCUGGAUCAGUCCAAGUACCAGUGGGCUCUCAACGAGUACUACGAGACCACCGGAAAGGAGAUGGAUUCAGGCAAAUCUGCGGCACCAAAGGAGCUCGGUAGUAAAAUGCAGGUCUAAAAAGCUACAUAUGUAUAUGUCAAUGAUGAUCGCUCUUUGGUUCUUCCUCGCAAAUUCAGUUCGAUUUGGCUUGUCAGUCUACCAUCCA